AUGACGCAUUAUGAAAGAUUGAGCAGGAAUAGUGAAGACAUAGAGGAUAAUAGUGACAUGUCGGGCAGCUCAAGCAGGCGCCAAGAAUCGACGUUGGAUUUGCUCCCAGAACAAACCACCACCAUCACCACGCCAUCGUCGUCCUCCUCGUCGUCGUCCUCCUCCAUACCAUACCACAAUGACUUGGAAUCACAAAUACCACCACGUCUUACACCCAAACAACGAGUAAUACGAGUCAUCAACCAUUUGCUACCCGUAAAACAAACCUAUGAACGACUUAGUAAUGGAUUACAAACAGGCAGAAUGCAAGCCAACAGACCCGGCAGAUUUAUUGGCCAAGGAACAGAUGGAGUUUUCCAAAACUUGAUGGCGAAACCAGAUACAGCAUCAACUAUCGAACAACAACAACGUGAAUUGCAUCCACCAACAUAUGAAGAAGCCAGUCAGGAUAACAGCCCCGAGUAUUGGGAAACAACUAUGAUAUCACCCAUGUUUGAAGAUGAAGUAUUUGUUCAAGGGUUACCGGUGGGCAACAUUGCUAACUUUAUCUGGAAUGCAUUGGUUACGGUCGCAUUUCAAUUUAUUGGAUUCAUCUUGUGUUACUUGUUACAUACAUCGCAUGCUGCUAAACAAGGGUCUCGCUUAGGUUUGGGGGUUAACUUGGUAAUGUAUGGAUGGGACAUCUUGCCUACGUUUGUGGGGAAUGCUAAGGAAAUUCCCAAAAAAAUUCAAGUGGUUGAUCCUAAUGAUUACGAAAUUGAAAAGAGUGCCAAGAUUACUGGCAAAAUCGAUACCUAUAUUGCUCUGGGAUUCUUUGUUCAAAAUUCAGAUACCACCGGAUCCAAUUCUGAUGUUAAUGGCAGUGGUGGGGUUGACAGCUCUGAAUAUGGCAACACUUCUGCUCCUUAUAUUGCUUAUGGAUUGAUUUCAUUUGGCUUAUUCAUUAUCAUAAAGAGUAUUGUUGACUACUACAAGGUGAAACAAUUGGAGAGAUCGAUCUUGAACCCAUCAGUCGGAAAUGUUGCUACCCCUGCAGCUGCAGCCGCCGAUACUGUCGCCGAUGCUUCCUCGACAACUACAGAAUCUCAAAACACACAAGAAUCUACAUGGCAAGCACGUAACUCCAACGAUCAUGAUGAGUUGGAUCCAACUGACAUGCGUUGA